GCUAGGUUCCCAGGCGCAGCCCCUCAUGCGUGUCUCCGGGCAUGCUGCCGCUGCCCCUGCUAGUCCCCGUCUAUGCCUCGUCUGAGCCCCUUGGAUCGGGUCUGCGCCUCCCGCAGGGCUCGCCGCGGGAACAUGCCGAGCUGAGGAGCGGCUGGAGGCGGCGGCGGCAGCUGGGGCUCUCCCUGUGCCUGGGAUCUAAGGGCCCGCGCCGGGCAAUGACCCCCCGCUCCUCUGCCUCUGAGGACUGAAGGAGCUCGGGGGGCUCGGCACGCGCCCGCCGCGGAGGGGACGCGCGGCUCCAGCGCUUCAGAGGAAUGAGACUAAGGGUCAGCAGAAACGUAUCACCGAAGAAAGAAUCCACAAUGGAAAAAACAACUCACAGUUGCUUCUUACUGAUUAUGCUUCUAAUCAGAAUGGCUCCAAGUCUUACUUCUACUGUCAAUUAUACUGAUCCUACAUUAGAGCCUGUAGUAACUGAACAUUCACCAGAACGACAGAAGAUAAUAGAUUCACAGUUCAAAUGCUAUGAGAGAAUGAACAGAGAUCCACCAUAUAGAAAAAAAGGUCUGUUCUGCAACCGAACUUGGGAUGGAUGGUUGUGCUGGGAUGACACACCUGCUGGAAGUUUCACUGAUCAGAAUUGUCCAGAUUAUUUUCCAGACUUUGAUCCAACUGAAAGGGCUUCAAAAUACUGUGAUGAAACAGGAAAUUGGUUCCGACAUCCAGAGAGCAAUCGGACUUGGUCCAACUAUACAUUGUGUAACUCCUUCACCUCUGAGAAAUUGAAGACGGCACUCAUACUUUAUUAUAUGGCUAUAGUAGGCCAUGCUUUGUCUAUAACUUCACUAUUGAUUUCCCUGGGGAUUUUCUUCUAUUUCAAGAGCCUCAGCUGUCAAAGGAUAACACUGCAUAAGAAUUUGUUUGUCUCCUACGUUCUUAACUCUGUGUUUACCAUCGCCCACCUCAUCACAGUAGUGCCUAAUCCAGGCCUUGUAAAAAGGGAUCCUGUAAGCUGCAAGGUGCUGCAGUUUUUUCACCAGUACAUGCUGGGUUGUAACUACUUCUGGAUGCUCUGCGAAGGCAUAUAUCUUCACACUCUAAUUGUGGUGGCAGUAUUUGCUGAAGAGCAGCGUUUGCACUGGUAUUACCUCUUGGGCUGGGGGUUUCCUUUAGUGCCAGCAUCUAUUCACGCUGUUGCAAGAGCCAAAUACUUCAAUGACAACUGCUGGAUGAGCGUUGACACUCACUUGCUCUAUAUUGUUCAUGGACCCGUAAUGGCGGCUUUAUUGGUAAAUUUUUUCUUUUUGCUUAACAUCGUCCGAGUUCUGGUGACAAAGCUAAGAGAUACUCAUCGGGCUGAGUCCAACAUGUACAUGAAAGCUGUCAGAGCCACACUAAUCCUGGUGCCCUUACUAGGAAUUCAGUUUGUCAUUAUUCCCUGGAGACCAGAAAACAGACUUGCUGGAGAAAUAUAUGAUUACAUCAUGCAUAUAUUAAUGCAUUACCAGGGCUUACUUGUCGCAACUAUAUUUUGCUUCUUCAAUGGAGAGGUACAGGGCGCUCUAAAAAGGCAAUGGAUGCAGUAUAAGACCCAAUGGGGGCAAAGACGACGCGAGCACUGCUCUACGCGAUCUACCUCCUACACAGCAACAUCUAUCAGCGAGGUCCCCGUUUAUCUGAAUCACCAUGAUUCCACCAACGAACAGUUAAAUGGAAAAUACAUAGAUGACUCUGAACUCAUUGCAUUAAAAUCUGGAGAGACGUCUGCCUAGCUCGGAGGAAAACAAGACAAACAGGUCAUUUUGCAUUCUGUUCAUGGCAGGGUGGGGCGAAGGGAAGGAGUGCAGACUUGAGAGCCACUAUGAGAGAGUGUUAAACAGGACACAUCAUAUGCAAACUAUAGAAGCAUCAGCUUCGGCCAGUGAUGGCCCAGCGAGAGUCUGCCUGAGAGAGGUGGAUCUAGUAUUUGAUACUACUACAGCAUGCUGCUUUUAGAAACAGGACUGAAGAUGGAACUAUUCAAUGAGACAUUUGGAUUUUCCAUAGUUCCUGCUAUUGGCCAUAUGGCACACAGAUUCCAUAGUCAUAACAAUUCAAGGUAUCCCAUAGCAGAUAUAGAAGAACGGAUUAGUUCAUAGAAAGAAGUGUUCAGUUUCCAGACUGGACUAACUACACGAAGGAUUGGAAUUGUUCAGUAUUUGUUGCUUUAAAUACCUGUCUUUCACCCUAGACUUUAAACGAUCAUCUUUCAUUAGGUGUAACAGGCUUGGAAUCUGUUGUUGUUUUCAUUUUAAUCAGCUCUGCUGCUUUCCUGGAAAUGUUUGCACUUGGGUGGGAGGGGAGAAACCCGUCAUUCCAAGGUAUUCAAAUCCUUAGCUCAAAAGGAUCUCAGACAGAAUUACCCUCCUGACAUCAGGUGCAUAACAGAAAUGAAGGUAAACUAUUUAUUGUAUUAAAAACAUUCAACACUAGUAGGCAUAAGCAUCAGUAGAGAAACAAAACACUUCUUUGGGAGCCUCAUGAAAGUCCUGGAGCGAUCUCAAAAAUAUUUUUUGUUCAAGCUGUGCUAGUUAUUCGAUAAUAUUCAUUAAUAGGAAAACUGUAGCCAUAAUACUCCGCCCAGCAAUCUGAUAAGUAAGGAACAAUUUUGCACUAUGAAUAAACUGUGAAAUGUAUUUGGAAAUUAAGAUUUUUGUUAAUUGCUGUUGACACUCUGAGCCUCCAGCUGGUGAACAUUUGCCUGUCUAAUGAAGUUGUGUGCUGGCAGUAAAGGAGGCCCGUGGAAGAGAUGAGGAACUAGUUUAUACCAGUGUCACAGCCAAAGAAAUAUUCAUUAUUAGAAAGUCAAUAUUUUAUGUAAUUAUUAAACACUAAAGGUCUUUUUAUGAUUGUUAAAUGAGUCUUACAGCCAAGGAGUAACUUAUUUAUAGCUGUAAGGCUCCUCUAUUGCCAGUGUCAAAUGACAGUUACACACCAUUGGGCUGAGUAAAAUAGCUACAAUUUCUUUCCAAAGGUGAAUGUAAAAGUCCUUGCAAACGGAUAGGACCAGUGCCUGGGCAGCUCUGCAUGGAGCUUGUCAAACAUUUUUGACAAACUCUCUUAUGCCAAACUUUUCUUUUCUUUUAUUUUUUGCACACAAAAAAUGCAGAUUCAGUGACACCAAAACAUUCCAUGAAUUUGUGUCAGUUUCUUUGAAUUGUUUCAGUUUAAAAAAAACCUAAAAUAUUUUUA